UUCCAUUGUCGCCUGAUGAUUGACAGCAAUAUUGCGUGUUUUAUCAUUGUUGUCUAGUGAUUGACCGCAAAAUAGUGUGAUUUUAACAUAGAGAGAGACAACUGUUCAAAGUUGCCUAGUUACUGAUACUGAAUGACAGCAAUAUGGCAUGAUUUUGCGUCAUAAACAAUCGACUUUCAGGUACUUCUAAAACAAGAGCAACACACUGGCCUCAGUUCAAACAAGUGCACCUGCUUCCACAGCUCUUCGUACUGCUGUUUCUUUGAGUCUGCUGGGGAUACGCCUCCAUUUUGCAGUUUGUGACCCCCAAGGAAAUUUAGAGCCCUUCAAAAUGAAGCUGUGGUUAAUUGCUGCCAUUACUCUCUCUUUUGGAGUUCAAGUCGUGUUGAGCUUGAAGUGUUUGUCCUGCACCAGUGAGAAGUCAUGGGAUGACUGUAAAGGAAAAAGCAUCUCCUGCAAGGCUCCGGCUACCGAUGCAUGUAUUAAGAUUUACUUGAAAUCUGGUUCAAGGGAAUUAUUUGCAAGAGGUUGCAGUACCAAUGCUGGCUGUGACACGGAAACCAACCCUCUUUGUAAAGACGCCAACGAGUGUGACAUCUAUUGCUGCAACGGUGACGACUGCAAUGCUGGCACAGCAACCCACACCAGCGGUGUUCUGUUGCUGUCAUGCGCCCUGGCCUCUCUUGUGAUCUUUUUCAAAGCUUAAUUUGAGGUCAUGUACGGCUAAUGAGCAGUGCUGUAACUAAGUAUAACACUUUUGUAAUGUAAUGAAUGUCACACUAAGCAUGGGGACAAUG